GACUUUGAUCUGCGGACCCUGAGGGCGGUUCGCGUGCUGCGGCCUCUCAAACUGGUGUCAGGGAUUCCCAGUCUGCAGGUGGUCCUGAAGUCCAUCAUGAAGGCCAUGGUGCCUCUGCUGCAGAUCGGCCUGCUGCUCUUCUUUGCCAUCGUCAUGUUUGCCAUCAUCGGCGUCGAGUUCUACAUGGGCAAAUUCCACCACACCUGCUUCAAGAAGGAGACAGGAGAGCAGGCCGCAGACUUCCCCUGCGGAACGGAGGCUCCGGCGCGGACCUGCUCCAAUGACACCGAGUGCCGCGAGUACUGGAUCGGGCCCAACUUCGGCAUCACCAACUUCGACAACAUCCUCUUCGCGGUGCUCACCGUCUUCCAGUGCAUCACCAUGGAGGGCUGGGUGGAAAUCCUUUACAACGCCAACGACGCAGCGGGGAACACCUGGAACUGGUUGUACUUCAUCCCCCUCAUCAUCAUCGGCUCCUUCUUCAUGCUCAACCUGGUCCUGGGCGUCCUGUCUGGGGAGUUUGCGAAAGAGCGUGAACGGGUAGAGAAGAGGCAGGAGUUCCUGAAGCUGCGCAGGCAGCAGCAGAUCGAGCGCGAGCUUACCGGAUACCUGGAGUGGAUAUGCAAAGCAGAGGAGGUGCUGCUGGCCGAGGAGGACAAGAAUGCGGAGGAGAAGUCCCCUUUGGAGGAUGCCUGGUACAAGAAGAAGCAGAACAACCCAGUGCUGAAAAGAACGAAACCCAAGAAGAGCGAUCUCAUCAGUGCGGAAGAGGGUGAGGACCACUUCGCCGACAUCUCAGUAGGGUCACCCUUUGGCCGUGCCAGCCUGAAGAGCGGCAAGAACGAGAGCUCCACCUACUUCCGCCGCAAGGAGAAGCGAAUGCGUUUCUGCAUCCGCCGUAUGGUCAAAGCUCAAAGCUUCUACUGGAUCGUCCUGUGCCUGGUGGGCCUCAACACACUCUGUGUGGCCAUCGUGCACUACGACCAACCCGACUGGCUCACCAAGGCCCUCUACUUGACCGAGUUUGUGUUCCUGGGCCUCUUCCUGACCGAGAUGACCCUGAAAAUGUAUGGUCUUGGCCCCAGGAACUAUUUCCACUCCUCUUUCAACUGCUUUGACUUUGGGGUCAUCAUUGGGAGUAUUUUUGAGGUGGUAUGGUCGGUGGUCAAACCCGGGGCCUCGUUUGGCAUCAGCGUACUAAGGGCCCUCCGCUUGCUCCGGAUCUUCAAAGUCACCAAGUACUGGAACUCCUUGAGAAACUUGGUGGUCUCUCUGCUCAACUCUAUGAAGUCCAUCAUCAGCCUGCUCUUCCUUCUCUUCCUCUUCAUCGUUGUGUUUGCACUGCUGGGCAUGCAGCUCUUCGGAGGGCAGUUUAACUUCGAAGAAGAAACUCCGACGACAAACUUUGAUACCUUUCCCGCUGCCAUCCUUACAGUUUUUCAGAUUCUGACAGGAGAGGACUGGAACGCAGUGAUGUACCAUGGUAUUGAGUCCCAAGGAGGAGUUCACCGGGGGAUGCUCUCCUCCAUUUACUUCAUCGUCCUCACACUUUUUGGAAACUAUACUCUUCUCAAUGUGUUCUUGGCCAUUGCUGUUGACAACCUUGCCAAUGCGCAGGAGCUCACAAAGGAUGAAGAAGAACAGGAAGAAGCUGCCAAUAAAAAGCUUGCCCUCCAAAAGGCCAUGGAGGUAAAGGAGGUCAGCCCCAUGUCAGCAGCAAACAUUUCAAUCGCAGCUUUUGUAAAGCAAAAUCGAGGCGUGCUCUCUCGCAGCUCCUCCGUCUCCAGCGUUAAUUCACCCAAGGAGCAGCAGAAGUCGUUGAGGAUGAUGUCGGUGUGGGAGCAGCGAACAACACAGCUACGCAGACACAACAUGCGUGCCAGCAACGAGGCGCUGUACAGCGAGCUGGACCCCGAGGAACGUCGCCGCUUGUCCUCCGCUCUGCACAUCCAGCCCAACAUGAAUACCCACCUUGAGCGCCCCCUGGUGGUGGAGGCACGUGAUGGCGGGAGUGGGAACAGCAGCAGCAGCAACGGAGACGGGCCCAAGGCAGAGACCGAGUGGGGGACGCCGGCGGAGCCCCCACCCAACCCCCGCAAACACCACAGGCGGCACGAGCGGCUCACCGAUGAGGCCGAUGUCGGCGGAGAGGUCGGUGACAGCAGGGACGGCCGUCGUCACGCCCACCACAGCCGCAGCAGGGACCGGGCCGGGGCUGGAGAGAGGGAGCACCGCCGACACCACGCCCAUCACCCACCCAAGGAGGGCAACAACGUACUCGGCAAUGGUGGGAAGGGAGAGCACCGAGAGCCUCAUGGGGAGGGCGAGGUGGAGCGGGAGCGGAGGAGGCACCAUGUGCGCAGCAAGGCCCAGUCCACCAUGGACACGGAGGAGUGCAGAGAGAAUGGAGACAGAGUGCAUCGGCACAGGGAGAGACAUGUGGACAAAGAAGCGGAGGCAGCACCCGCCAGCUCGCAGCCGCCCCACAGAGAGAAGCAGGAGGAUACAGACAACCAGAAGAACAUCAUGCGGACGGGCCAGAUCGCAGUCCACAUCCCCGUCACCGUGACCGUACCUCCAGGGGAGACCACCAUCAUACCCAUGAACAAGGUCGAGAGCGACACCCUCCAAACAAAUGAAGAGAAAAAAAUCCUUGAGGACGAGACCAAAGACAGCCCCCAGAAAGCCCUGCCCUACAGCUCCAUGUUCGUCUUUGGUCCAAACAACCCGGUGCGUCGCCUCUGCCACUACAUUGUGACCCUGCGAUACUUCGAGAUGUGCAUUUUGAUAGUCAUCACCAUGAGCAGCAUUGCCCUGGCCGCCGAGGACCCUGUACAGGCCAACGCCCCUCGCAACAACGUCCUCAAGUACUUAGACUACGUGUUCACAGGUGUGUUCACAUUUGAGAUGGUGAUUAAGAUGAUUGACUUGGGCUUGCUGCUUCAUCCUGGCUCCUACUUCCGGGAUCUGUGGAACAUUCUGGACUUCAUCGUGGUCAGCGGCGCCCUGGUGGCCUUCGCCUGCUCGAGCUUCAUGGGAUCUCAACAAAGUGUCACCAGGGGGACAAAAGGGAAGGAUAUCAAUACCAUCAAGUCUCUCAGAGUGCUGCGAGUCCUGCGACCUCUGAAGACCAUCAAACGUCUGCCAAAACUUAAGGCCGUCUUCGACUGCGUCGUGAACUCCCUGAAGAAUGUGCUCAACAUACUCAUCGUCUACAUCCUCUUCAUGUUCAUCUUUGCCGUUAUCGCCGUGCAGCUCUUCAAGGGAAAGUUCUUCUACUGCACCGACGAGUCCAAAACCCUGGAGAAGGACUGCAGAGGUCAGUUCUUGGACUACGACCGUCAGGAUGUGGCCGCGCAGCCACGCGAGUGGAAGAAGUACGACUUCCACUAUGACAACGUGCUGUGGGCCUUCCUCACCCUCUUCACGGUCUCUACCGGCGAGGGCUGGCCAAUGGUGCUCAAGCACUCAGUGGAUGCCACCUACGAAGACCAGGGCCCCAGUCCCGGCUUCCGUAUGGAGACGUCCAUCUUCUACGUGGUCUACUUCGUGGUCUUCCCAUUCUUCUUUGUCAACAUCUUUGUGGCCUUAAUUAUCAUUACCUUCCAGGAGCAAGGGGACAAGGCAAUGUCUGAGUGCAGUCUAGAAAAGAAUGAGAGGGCUUGCAUUGACUUUGCCAUCAAUGCCAAGCCCCUCACACGCUACAUGCCUGAGAACAAGCAGUCUUUCCAGUACAAGAUGUGGAAGUUUGUGGUGUCAACACCCUUUGAGUACUCCAUCUUGACCAUGAUUGCCCUCAACACUGUGGUGCUCAUGAUGAAGUUCCACGGUGCCCCUGAUUUCUACGAGGCUAUGCUGAAAUACCUAAACAUAGUCUUCACCGCCCUCUUCUCUCUGGAGUGCAUCCUCAAGAUCAUCGCCUUUGGUCCGCUUAACUACCUGAAGGACUCCUGGAACGUCUUUGACUUUGUGACUGUCUUGGGUAGCAUCACGGACAUUUUGGUGACAGAGAUCAAAACGACAGACAAGCAGAUCAACCUGAGUGUCCUGAGGCUUUUCCGGGCUGCACGGCUCAUCAAGCUUCUUCGGCAGGGCUACACCAUCCGCAUCCUCCUCUGGACCUUUGUACAGUCCUUCAAGGCUCUGCCGUAUGUGUGCCUGCUGAUCGCUAUGCUGUUCUUCAUCUAUGCCAUCAUUGGGAUGCAGGUGUUUGGAAACAUUGAGCUGAACGAGGACACAGAAAUCAACCACCACAACAAUUUCCGUACCUUCUUCCAAGCACUGAUGCUGCUCUUCAGGAGCGCCACUGGGGAGGCCUGGCAUGAGAUCAUGCUGUCGUGCCUGAGCCAGCGGCCGUGCGAUGAAGGAUCUGGCUCCAACGGCAAGGAGUGUGGCAGCGACUUCGCCUACUUCUACUUCGUCUCCUUCAUCUUUCUCUGCUCCUUCCUGAUGCUGAAUCUGUUUGUGGCCGUCAUCAUGGAUAACUUUGAAUACCUGACCCGUGAUUCAUCCAUACUGGGGCCGCAUCACCUGGAUGAAUUCAUCCGUGUCUGGGCGGAGUACGACCCUGCUGCCUGCGGCCGCAUCACCUACCUUGAUAUGUAUGAGAUGCUGCGCCACAUGUCACCUCCCUUAGGUUUGGGAAAGAAAUGUCCACCAAGAAUCGCCUACAAGCGGCUGGUAAAGAUGAACAUGCCCAUCGCGGAGGACAACACAGUCCACUUCACCUCCACGCUCAUGGCCCUCAUCCGCACAGCGCUGGAGAUCAAGCUGACAUCAGGCGUCCUUGCCCAGCGGCUCUGUGACGCCGACCUGAAGAGGGAGAUUUCCAACGUGUGGCCCAGCCUGCCUCAGAAGACCAUAGACCUGCUGGUGACACCUCAUAAACACAACGAGCUCACGGUGGGGAAGGUGUACGCCGCCCUCAUGAUCUUCGACUACUACAAGCAGAACCGCGCCAAGAGGCUACAGCAGCAGCAGCCAGGUGGUGGCACCCAGGGCAAAUUGGGUGUGGGCGCCCUCUUUAGGCCUGUGCUUCCACUGCCCCAUAUUCAGGAGCAGGAACCGCUACCUGCGAUCUGUGUGAAGGCAGAGCCGCAGGUCAAGCUGGAGGCUCAGCGUGAGACGCACCCUGGCAGCCCCUUCCUCAAUAACGACACCGCGGUUCAAGAGCAGGGUGGCACCAGUAAGGACUCCCCUCCCCGGGUGAGGGAGAAGCCCCAGGAGGAGCAACGUUCCCGGGGCCGGCGGAUCCUCCAUAGGGACCCAUCAGAAGAUGUCCCUAGCCGACCGAAAGCUCAGGAAUAUCUUGGUGUGACCGAAAUGGAGCUCAGCCUCGUUGGCGGAGGAAACCACGCUGCCCUGGAGAGCCAGGGCCGAGCAGCGUCCAUGCCCAAGCUCAACGCUCAGUCUCAGCUGCUCCCCAGCGUCAGCUCCAUGAAACGUUCUGUGUCCACGCUGGCUCCUCAGCGUCCCCCAGAGGUCAGCCUGCGGGACUAUGCACUGGAGCGGCAGACCCCGGACAGAACACACCAUCAUCACCAUCAUCACCACCACCACCGAUGCCACCGGCGUAGGGAACGGGACCGGGAACGGGACCGCGAACGAGAGAGGAAGCAGCGGUCGCUGGACAGGACAGCCGGCGUGCAGCUCAUCAGCGGCACCGUUGCAUCGGGGGACCCGGCAGGGGGGGCUUCGACCCGGGACCGCACCCUGGACCGUGGCCGCUCGCACGAGAGGAAGUCCCAGCCCUUGGUGUCCGCGGAGAAGAAGCAGCGGUACUAUUCCUGUGAUCGCUACAGUGGGCGCGAACACGGCCAGCCCGUGUUUGCCGCCAGCCGCUCCGCUUCCCCUAGCGGGACCCUGGAGCCCAGCCUCCAAACACAGGGCAGUGGUUCCGCUAGAGGCAGUCUGGUGACGCUGACCUCCGGGACCUCGACGCCGUGCCGCGGGCGCAGGCAGCUGCCCCAGACUCCCCUGACUCCCCGCCCCAGCGUGGCCUAUAAGACCGCCAACUCAUCGCCCGUGCCACUGGGGGCCGCCAGGGCGGGACCGCCCACGCCCGCGAUCGUUCGGCCGGGCUACGGACCGCCCGAGCGGGACGGAGAGGACGACCGUGACUCCUCUGUAGGUUCCGACCCAUCCCAGGGGCACCGCGGAGCCCCGUGCGCCCGCCUCUGCCACGGCCUCCCCGAGGGGGUGGACGUCUUUCAGGAUGCGCUGAGCUCCCAGGCCAGGCGCUCCCCCCGGACUCCCGGCCCCCAGGGGCCCCUUCCACCUCGUGGGGGAGUGCCCAACGGAUACCACUUUGCGCUGGGGGUCACUGCAGGGCCCGGUGUCAUAGCCAGGGGCCCCGGGCGCCAUCAGGAGAAGGAGGACGACUGGUGCUAGCACGGCUUCGCGAAACACGCCAACAAAUAAAGACGAACAGACAGACAACGAAUCAAGGAUGCAAGGCUCUUGCCGACGGAUUCUGAAUCUGCGAUGAGUUUUAUCAUCUUUGCGAAAGCAGUCGUUUACAACGUCGUUUGUUUCUUCGUACGUGCCUAUGUACGUAUGUCAGCGCAUGUUCGUGUGUGUGCGUGUGUCGGCGCGUGUUUGAUUUGAACCAAUGGAUGCCGGAGUCGUCCCGUGUCAAAAAACAGGAGGGGGGAAAAAAAGGGCAAAAUGACAGGAGGCAUCCAAAAUCUUUGAAUCGUUUUCACGGUAGUUCACUUUUAACGGACAAAGGACCUAUGAAAUGUCUCUCUGUAUAUACUGUAAUUUUUUUUUUUGUCUGCAUUGCACUGGAAGAAAUGCUUCAGUGUUGCGAGAACACAAAAGACCAACGCGAGUAAAGCUCCGCUCUUCACACGCGGCUCAGUUUUUGGCAGAAAGCACUACCGAGAGAUGCCAAAAAGUGAGACGAGCAUCCGCAGGGGAAUCGGCAAACAGGACGGAUUCCGCACGUCGAGAGGGGCAGGAUGCGAUUGAUGUCAAGGCCCGAGAAAGAACAGUCGCUGCUGUGUAGAGACACAACGUUGAGGAAGCUUCUAGAAAUGCACCGACAAGGAGGGAGGGAGGUCAACGCAGAGGAUCCCGGACGGUGCCUUCUGCUGCUGCUGCUUCACGUCCUCAGUAUUCCGUACGCAACCCCCCUGCGCGCACGCGCACACACGCACAAAGCGCGGUACAGUGUUUACCGUGGUUACAUCCGCAGGAGAUGCUCGUUGGCUGCUCUUUGUCCGCUUCGUGAGGACAGCCGUGAAUGGACUCUUUCACAAAAAGGGAACAGAUGAUUAAAAUGUUUGUUUUUAUAUGGCACUAGGCUGGCACAUAUCUUUGAUCUCUUAACGCUGUGCAUUUUUGUAGAUUGUAAACAGCUGUGUUUUAUGUAAAUUGCAUAUGGUUCCGUCUUACAGUCAGGUCUCGGGUUUCUUAUUAUCGCUCCGGUCGUCAAUUACCAAGUGCCUAAACUUAUGAACGUGACGUAGUCGCAACGCGGGCUCUUUCCGAAGCCCGUUGGCAUCUGACGGAGCUGACAUUCGUGAGGUGUUUGUCGUCGACCGGGUCAGAAACCACAACCUAUUAGCUGCAGGAACAGAACUGCUUUCUAGACUUUACACUGUAUAGAUAGAUGAAAAAUAUAAGAGGGCUAGGAAUUUUUAUUUUUAUUUCAUAUUUUAUUUUGCUACAAAAGAGAGCCAAAUGCUGGUGCAAACUGAACAUUAUAUUAUUAGAUAAUACAUAUAACUCCGAAAUAUAAGUGAAAUGUUACAAGCGCACGGCCGGGAGUGCGGAGUCGCCCGGCCGCAUCUCAGUGUUUCAGUAGGCAAGUUCAAAGGUCAUGGGGUCAAGGGUCAUGUAUUAUGUGUUUGUGCAACAUUUUGUCAAGCCUGAGGGAGCCUGCCUGAGGGAAUCGUGCCCACAGACAUGGUGAACCCCGGAGAACAGGCUUUGUGGGGACAGCCCCAGAUGAUGCGGCUUUAAAGAAGAACGUGCGAAAACCCUUUCCUGCCCUCGAGUCUCGCCGGGGUGGGCGCUCCAGUCGCCUGCUGCAUUCAACCUAACAGCACCACGUAUCACUUCCUGUGCCCGGAGUGGGGUCACGUUCUGGGUUUGUAGGGUCACGGUGGCUGCAGUCACAGUUUAAGCCUCCCCCGUAACACGGAAUCGGGCUGAUUUGUUCUUGACAAGGCUGUUCCAUUGGAACCCGUGGCAUCCAAUCAACACCUAUUCCAAAAAUCAAAUUUAUACGACAGCCUUGAGGGGUGUAGCGUGAAUAUCUGGCAGAAGAACUUCAGGUCAUACCUGGGUAGAAGAGACUGAUGCUGCAGGUCCAUUACCCAGGAUGCUCACCUCACAUUUAAGCUGACUUUUAGUCACAAGAAAGGGACAAAGAGGUAAGAGCGUCCACAGCACUAAUGACAAAGCGUACCUCUGCCCAAUCCCCGCUCUGUCCUCAUACCCUGGUGCUUCUCAUCCACUUUUCCCCCGGUAGAGUUCCCAGGUGCUGAGGAAACAGCCCUCGGCACAGCAAGUCUGCACACGCUUGAGGACACAGUAUUUGAUGGGAAAAGGUACAAUAAGUUGCUACUGGGGAAGAGGAAGUGCAUCUGGUUCGGAAUAAAUCAACAGGUGGUCGAAGGAGAGAAAACCGUCCUCGGCAUGGCCUUUCAAAAAAACAUCCCUGGGAAAUUUUCUAAAUCAGAAUCUUUGCCUUUGCCCCUUUUUUUUUUUUUUUUUUUUUUUUUUUUAAA